AUGUUCACCGAUAAUGUUGGUGUUGCAUCUGUGACGAGUAACUAUCGUAGCGGACAGUUGUUCACAUGGGGCUACUACCGCGUUGUCUACGUGGCCUACGACGCUGCUAACAACACCGCCGUCUGCUCUUUCUCAGUGGUAGUCUCGCCCGCGGACUGCAAAGCGCCGAAGGCAGAUGAGCAGGGACAAUGGAACCGAUCGACGUAUCUGCCUGCAAGUGGCAGCUAUACCUUCCCUUCCUGUGGCUCCACACAGGAUCCCGUGCAAAAUAUCAAUGGAAGCCUAGGGGAUUACGGUGACUGUUCCACGAUACGACAAGACCUCAGAGAUUGGCUGCUCAAAGAUUUGUGGCCAUACUGUUCAGAUCAGAACUGUACGGGACAGUUAUGGAUCGACUCAAACUGCACGUCCAGUGGUGAUUCACGGCUGAAGCGGUCUAUAUGGGAGGCUUUCUACAACUUUCAUUUCUACGCGAAAGUCAACAGUACUCGAUUGUUGCUGAAAGACACUAUUAAUGGCACUCUGCAGAAUCAGUUUCCGAAUGCUAGCAUAUCAAUCAGUGACAGUGUGGAAUGUGACGACAAAUUUCCACGUCUCAGUAAAGCUAACGGAAGCGCCAGUUGUGCCGAUUGCGCUGCUGGUCAGUACUAUAGUGGUGACACUUGUGUUAAGUGUCCAAAAGACACCUACAGAAGAAAAGACGACCCGUUGGAGAAGUGCAUGUCAUGUGAGGAAAAGUGCUAUUUUGUUUUCUCAUGUCCGGAAAUAAAACCACUGUCGAGUGACGAACUGGACAAAAGACUCCCGAAGAGCUUGUCAUGGCAAGGAGCAAAGAACGCCACCGACUGUUCGGUCAAAUGCGAUGCUGGUAAAGAACUGGCUGGCUCGGAAAACUGCGUUUCAUGUGCUAAAGGGACCUAUUGGCCCGAAAAAUUGAAAAUUAAGGUGAGGACGAGUUUUUUCACCGGUUGUGUGGAUUGCCCGCUAGGUCUGACUACCGUAGCCACAGGGUCGAGAGAUAUACGUGACUGCGAAGUUGUUAAUUGCCCACCAGGGACACAUGUGAACACAAAUCGAUCCGAUCCGAUCGAUGCUACUCGUGCAGUAUUCUAUGAACUUUGUAAUAAAUGCAAAAUGGGGACAUAUCAGGACGAGCGCAAUCAAACCUCUUGUAAACCCUGCACACCAACCUCAGACUGUCCCCUCGUCAACGAAUGCAGUCCAAUUCUACCAGAUACCUGUCUUGAAGGCUGUAAUUGUGAACGACAAGAUACCGGAGUUUAUUCUUGUGUGUGUCCAGUUGUGGUGAUACCGACUCCAAACUUCAACAGUUGGGUUUUGUGGAUAGUCGUACCACUGGUUGGGGUGCUGAUUCUUGUGACUCUGGGGAUAACUGCAUAUAUCUGUCGGCAAUCAAUAUACAUGAUGAUGUGCUGUAAAAAACCAGAUUUCAAGCAGUUUGAAUCGACUGACUAUUAUCGAAGCCCAAUGGGACCUCCUCGCGUGUCGCGUGGAAGUAUAGACAAUGGUGACUACCGGAACUAUCCGCCUCGCCGACUCGGUUCAGUCCGUCCAUCUCAAGCACUCAGCACCAUUGCUGUAGCGCCGAGAAGAAUCUCCACUGAGGAGCUGGACGGAUCGAGAUUCCGCGAUCGCCACCUUCCACCACCAAUUAUCACCUCUAAAGCUGAACUGGACUUGUUAGAAGAGCAAGCCAGAAGGAGAGCGAUGGCUACGAAUGCGAUUCCGCUGUCGAGUCGAAGUCUUGGUAGCCAAGUAGGCCAUCACAGGGUACUCGUCCGAAUCCCCAGGGCCAUCCAUUUCGGCUCAGCUGACUUGCCAGAAGAUCCGUCGAGUAGCUAUUCGUUGCAUUGGAGCGAAUCAACACCAAAUGAAUCCAAUGACGUCUACGGAGACGACGAUGACGUGAGUCUUUCAAAUAGUGCCCCAAAUAGAGCCCCCAUUCGUAUCGCCCAACAAUCGGCUGAGUUGUUUUGA